AUGCCUGGCGCUGGGCUCUGCAGCUGCUGGGGUAGACGGGUGCUGCCCUUACUCCUGGCCUACGUCUGCUAUCUGCUGCUCGGCGCCACUGUCUUCCAGCUGCUGGAGAGGCGGGCGGAGGCUCAGUCCAGGGAUCGGUUUCAGAUCGAGAAGCUGCGCUUCCUGGAGAACUACACCUGCCUGGACCAGUGGGCCCUGGAGCAGUUUGUGCAGGUCAUCAUGGAAGCCUGGGUGAAGGGCGUGAACCCCAAAGGCAACUCCACCAACCCCAGCAACUGGGACUUCGGCAGCAGUUUCUUCUUCGCAGGCACGGUGGUCACUACCAUAGGAUACGGGAACCUGGCACCGAGCACAGAGGCAGGCCAGAUCUUCUGUGUCUUCUACGCCCUGGUGGGCAUCCCACUCAACGUGGUCUUCCUCAACCACCUGGGCACAGGGCUACGCGCACACCUGGCCACCCUCAAGAGGUGGGAGAAUAAGCCCAGGCGCUCCCAGAUCCUGCAGCUCCUGGGCCUGGCUCUGUUCCUGACCCUUGGGACGCUGGUCAUUCUCAUCUUCCCACCCAUGAUCUUCAGCCAUGUGGAGGGCUGGAGCUUUGGCGAGGGCUUCUACUUUGCCUUCAUCACUCUCAGCACCAUCGGCUUCGGGGACUAUGUUGUCGGCACGGACCCCAGCAAGCACUACAUCGCGAUAUACCGGAGCCUGGCAGCCAUCUGGAUCCUCCUGGGCCUCUCCUGGCUUGCACUGAUCCUCUCACUAGGCCCCCUGCUUCUGCACAGGUGCUCCCAGCUCUGGCUGAUCAGCAGGGGCCUCAACUUCAAGGAAGGGGGUGCCCCUGGGACUGAUGGGCUCCCCAGACCUCAGAAGAUCCCCAUCUCUGCCUGA